CCUCCUCCUCCUCCUCCUUCUCCUCCUCCUCCUCUUCCAGGCUCCGCCGCACAUGCUCAGAGCUCCGCGCCGCGCUCCGCGUCUCCUGUGCGGCCUGUGCGUGCGGACCCGCCGCGGACAGUCUCCUGCGCUCCCGCUAGCACAGAUGCUCUCAUGGAGCUCGAGUCUCGUUUGCGUUUGAGUCCACCAUGCACUUUAGGAUUUCAAUAAGAUGUAUGUGUGUUUUGAGAUAAUCAUUUUGCUUCUCUCCUGCAACUUCUGCGCCUUCGUUUACACUCAGGAUCCCUCCUGCUGCCAUCAUGCUGCAGACCUCUUUCCUCAGUGUAGAGGAGCCUGUGAACAGCUCGCGACCAUCAGAAGCGAAUCGCGUCUGAAGCACCUUCUCCCGCGUUUGCCCAGUUACUGCCCCGAGUCUCUGAGUGAACUUUGGAUCUGCAUCAACAGUACGUUACCGGGGGCAUCAAAGAAGUCAGAUGGAUGGGUGGGUUUGGGCUGCUGUGAGCUGGCCAUCUCCGCUGAAUGUCGCAGGGACUGCAAACAGGCAUCAUCUAAAAAUGACAUCACUAAAGUAUGCAAGAAAGACACAGAGAAACCACUCUACAGCUGUAUCACCAAAAAUGAAAUGGGCUCAGUAUGCUGCAGUUAUGCAGGGAGACACACAAACUGCCGUGAAUACUGUCAGGCCAUCUUCCGCACAGACUCGUCGCCGACCGUCUCCCAAAUCAACGCGGUUAAAGAGUACUGCCAGAGCAUCAGUCCACAGCUCAUCGGCUGUGUGACCAACUACACCAAAUCCUACCCCAUCAGGAGCCCCAUCGACAGUUUGUACUGUUGUGACCGGGCGGAGGAGGCUCACUGUCAGACGGCCUGUAAGCGCAUCCUGCGCACCAUGACCACGGAGCAGGAGAUCAUGGAGGGCCUGAUCAGCGAGUGUGGCAGUCAGCCGCUCCCGCAGGACCCGCUGUGGCAAUGCUUCUUGGGUAGCGCACACCCACCCACCAUUAGCGAUCCCGAAUCGCCCCCGAUCGCCAAGAUGGACUACGCUAAACUGCACUGCUGCUUUAAGGCCAACACGUCCCACUGCAGGAAUAUGUGCUUGGAGAUCAGUACCAACUGGGGCACUCAGACGUGGCAGGAGUUCGACCAGCAUUGUGAAUAUAACCCGGCCGAGAUGGACCUCAUCACCUGCUUGGCCGACGUCAGGGAGCCGUGCCAGUUAGGCUGCAAAGAUCUCAGCUACUGCACCAACUUCAACAACAGGCCAACGGAGCUGUUUCGCAGCUGUAACGUUCAGUCGGAUCAGGGCGCCAUGAACGACUUCAGACUCUGGUCCAACGGAACCAUCAAGAUGCCCUUCAUGAACAUCCCGGUGCUGGACAUCAGGAAGUGCCAGCCGGAGAUGUGGAAGGCCGUGGCCUGUGCGCUGCAGAUCAAACCCUGCUACAGCAAGUCCAGAGGAAGCGUCAUCUGCAGGUCGGACUGCGUGGAUAUCCUGACCCAGUGCGGCGAUCGCAAGCGUUUUCUGGAGGGCCAGACGCCCGAGCGCAUCUGUGACCUGCUGUCGCCCACCGACGACCCGGAGCGCUGCAUCCCUCUCAACAGAUACCUCACUCCCAGUCCCUUCGAGAACAUCAUUGAGGAAGUCAUCCACCCCUGCAACCCCAACCCCUGUCCCAGCAAUCAUCUCUGUGAGGUCAACAGGAAGGGCUGCCACCCCGGACAGGACUGCCUGCCGUACUUCUGCGUGCCUGGCUGUAAGCUGGGAGAAGCGUCAGAGUUCCUGGUGCCGGUGGACGGACACAUCCAGGUGCCCACUAGGAACGGUCAGGUGGGCUGUUACGAGGUCUGCACCUGCGGUCAGAGCGGCCGUCUGGAGAACUGCGCCGAGAUGCCGUGCUUCGACACCAGCAAGACCUGCCUCAUCGGAGGACAACGCAAGAAUCACGGUGCGUCGUUCCGGGUCGACUGUCGUACCUGUUCCUGCUUCGCCGGCGAAAGCAUCUGUUUGUCCCGCCAGUGUCUGCGCUCCGACGGCUCAGACGAGGACCGGCGCCUCUUCACAGGUCUUCCCUGUGGCUGCGCUGAUCAUUUCGUGCCGGUUUGCGCUCGUAACGGACGCACGUAUCCCAGCGCCUGUGUCGCGCGCUGCGUCGGCUUCAAGGACAAUCAGUUCGUGUUCGGCUCCUGCAGGAGCAUCGACCCCUGCUCCCCGAACCCCUGCCAGAGGAACCAGAGGUGUAUCCCCACGCGUCAGGUGUGUUUGACGGAUCUGUCGGAAUAUCCCUGUCCUCAGUACGAGUGCGUUUCCCGUCCGUCCGGCUGCGAUCAGACUCAGCUGGAUCCGGUCUGUGACACAGAGAACAUGGAACACGCCAACCUGUGUCUGCUGUACCAGCGGAGCAAGAGCCUGGCGUAUAUGGGACACUGUCAGGAUGCGUGCAGGAAGCCCAGAGAGGUGUGCGGUCAUAACGGAGAGACGUACAGUACGGUGUGUGAAGCGUUCUCGGACCGCGUGGCCGUGGACUAUCAGGGUCGCUGUCAUGCGGUCGGUGUGGUGUCAGAGUUCACGUCAGAUUCGGGCUGUAACGCCGUUCCCUGUCCUCCUCUCUCCAGCCGCGCGUGUAAACCCGUCACGCCGCCCGGCGCCUGCUGUCCGGUGUGUGCAGGAAUGCUGCAGAUCCUCUGGAACAAAGCACAGAUGAACACCUUCGCUAAGCUGGACCGGAAUCAGCCGGUGACGGUCCAUGACAUCCUGAGGAUCUUGCGGCUGCACGUCUCUGUUCCUCAGUGUGACAUCUUCGGCUAUCUGAGCAUCGACUCUGAGCUCAUCGUCCUCAUCGUGCCCGUCGAUCAGCAGCCCACGCCACUGCAGAUUGAAGCCUGCAGUAAGGAGGCAGAGAAGAUCGACUCGCUCAUCAACUCGGCCAGCCCGACGCUGGUGUCCCACGUGCCUCUGUCGGCCUUCCUGCACUCCGAGGUCAAGCUGUCCACCAUCAGCUCCUCCGCGCUCGGCCCGCUCUCCCUCUCCCUCUGUGUUUUCUCCUUCUCUCUCCUGAUUUCUGUAACAGGGACCCUGUUCUCCUCGUAGCCGCCCGUUUGACCUCCGAUGACGUCGUCAAUUACGCUGCAAACCGACGAGGACAAUCAAACUCCAGACUGUUUUCUCAGUAUUAAAGACUUCCCGAGGAAUCUGAGGUGCGGUGAGACGGACAGAUCGCUGCUUUCACUGACCAGCACAUAUCAGCUUUCCAACACUUUUGUAUCUUUGUAAAAACAGCCUGAGGAAAACAUGUUGCUGUUGUUGUUGUUGUUUUUUUUAUAAGUAUGAUACAUUGUUUGAAAUAUUUUAUUGUUCCUCUAAUGUCAAUCGAUUUUUAAAAAAAAAAAUACAAAAAAGAGGAACCCAGCCAUGUAAACAAAUAUGACAAUCGUACUGCUUAUCCAUAAAGUGGUAAACACAAUAUGCCUUGCUUAUAAAUUUAUAAAUAUAUAUAUAAAUGUAUGUGUAUAGAUUUUUUUAAAUAUGAAGUAUUGCAAAAACAAACCUUUAUGUUGAAAAGAGAAGCAAAAUGUUCUAUUUUGAGAUGAUAUCGUCACAAUGUGCCAUUUUGAAAGCGAAUGCCUGCAUGAUUGACGUCCUGACGUGUUUUUACUGAAUGUGUGCUGUUGUCCAAGUGUCGUGUCGGUGCCACAUUAAGGGCCGCCCCGUUCCUGACAGUAUUAUUUGGCUUUGGCAGCUGUGUAGCAUGAUGGGACGGGCCUUACUGUGUCCUGUCUGUCUGUCUGUCUCUGUGUAACACUUCCCAUGUAUAUUUUUAUAUGAUGAUAAUAAUAAAUGUGAUCAUAUUGCCGAAGGAUUU